GGUUAUACAUACUUUGGGUGAAUAAGGUUUGAAGUAGAGUACUGCCAUUUACCUCUGAAACUAAUUGCCUCCCUGGAUGGAAAAUUACGAACAAAUAUCCCUUCAUCACUUGUUACCAGGUUCCCCAUCAUCUACAGCCAUAAUGGCUACGUCAGCAGAUGUCCAUGUACACCUUGGUGGUCAGUUUGGCUACCAGAAUGUCCACGUACACACAUCCAAGGUCCUGGGGACUGGUUCCUAUGGGAGUGUGGUCAAGGCCACUCUGGACCACCUCCCCUGUGCCGCCAAGAUCCUUCACACUGUCUUCUUCCGAGACGACGACCCAGGGGCUGUCAACUUUGCCGCUCGUUUCGACCAGGAGUGCGACAUCCUGCGAGCUCUAAAGCAUCCCUGCAUCGUCCAGUUCCUUGGUGUGGUCCAGGACCCCAGCAGCCGCAGACCCAUUCUCCUGAUGGAGUUGAUGGAGGAGAGCCUGACUGGGUUCCUGGAGAGAGCCACGACCUCCCUCCCCUACCACGUCCAGGUCAACAUCACCCACGACAUUGCUCUGGCCUUGGCCUACCUGCACGGCAACAGCAUCAUCCACCGCGACCUCUCCAGCAACAACAUCCUCCUGAGAGGAGGAGGCAGUCAGGCCAAAGUGACCGACUUUGGCAUGUCCAAGAUGGUGGAGGCCAAUCCUCGCAUGACUCGCAGUAAGAUCACCCAGUGCCCCGGCACACCUGUCUUCAUGCCUCCAGAGGCCCUGCGUGCCAAGCCUCGCUACUCCGACAAGCUUGACACCUUCUCUCUGGGUGUUGUGACAGUUCAGAUCAUCACUCGCUGCUUCCCCACACCCACAGAUGCUGAGAUAGUGGUGGAGGAUGAAACAACACCGACAGGAGAGAAGAUCCUCCCAGUUCCCGAGGUAGAGCGGCGUCAGAGAGACAUGGGGAAGGUUCCUCCCGACCAUGGUCUCCUGCCCACUGCCCUCCACUGCCUCAAGGACAGACCUAGAGACAGACCCAGUGCUGCCCAGCUCUGCCAGAGUCUGGGGCAGCUGAAGACAGGUGAAGCCUACACAGCCAGUCAGGCAGAGGACCAGGGGAGGAGACUGGAGGCCGAGAUUGCUCGACUCCAGGAGCAGAUGAAGCAGUUGGCCACUGAGAAGGAUCAUCUGGCCUCACAAAAACAGAGGGAGAUAGCGGAGUUGAGAAGUCAACUGCAGACGUCACACAAACCACCAGUUCAGCGAGGGAGGGAAGCAACGACUGUCUCUAGGCCCGAGGAUGAGAAAGCUCUGUAUGAUGCUGCUCGUGAUGGAGAUGUGUCUGCAGUGAGAAGACUUCUGGCCUCUAAUGUCAACAUCAACUGUACACCAUAUCCUAAUGGCUGGACUCCACUGAUGGCAGCAUCAUUUGAUGGACAUGUUGAAAUUGUGAGACUACUGAUUGAGGCUAAGGCUCAGCUCAACAUACAAGAAAAGGAGGGAGGUGCCACAGCUCUUCACCUGGCAGCUCAACAAGGCAAAGCUGAUGUAGUGAGACUACUGACUGAGGCUGGAGCACAGCUGGACAUACAGAGAACAACUGGGGCAACUUCUCUCUACAUUGCUAGUGAAAAAGGACACAGUGAAGUGGUGAAUAUCCUACUGAGGAAUGGAGCUGGUGUGGAUAGAGCUAAGAAUGUAAGUCAA